GAAGAACACAACCUCGAAAUAAGAUUUUAUAAUAAUGUAAACAUUGAAGUAAAUUUUCGAGAAAUUUGCAGAAUACUCCAUACCGAAUAAAUGGACCAACCAACAGCAAAAAAGUUGCUAGCGGAGGGAGCUUUCUUUAUAUUACUUGGAGUUCCAGAAGGUACCGAAUUUGGUAUUGACAUGAAAUCCUGGAACACAGGAGACAAAUUCAGGGGUGUUAAAAUGAUCCCCCCGGGAAUACAUUUCAUAUUUUUCAGUGCUGUUUCUGAGGAAGGUGAUACAGCACCCAGAACUGGGUUUUUCAAAAAUUUCAGAAAAUCUGAAGUUUUCGUAAAGAAAUGGGAUGUAAAAAAUGAAUGUAUAAGUGUAGAAACAGUAUCGGAGGAUGAAGUGGUUAAUCUCAAGGAUAAUAUUAUGGCGUUAGAUGACUUCCUAGGCCCAUAUCCGUAUGCAAUCAAGGAUAAAUGGUUGAAUUUAAGUUCCAGUAUCACAGAAAGCUUGAUUGAAAAAUUAACCCCACUUUCUGGUUACAUCCAGUCAGCACUAGAAUUGGUUUCUUGUAGUGAUGCAGACCGACCACGUGGAAAAUCCAAAAGUGAACAUUCCCCUGGAGGUACCAGCACAAACUCAAAAAGAUCGAGAUUAUCGGAUGAUUUCGAGGAAAGGUUCCUACCAGAAUUGAAACCAUUGGCGGGAACUGAGCUCAGGUUUACAGCUUUUCCUGAAAAAAACUACCCAGCAGGAUCUACUCCCGCAGAGAUAACAAGACACUCUUUGGAUUCAACGUAUGUGCUUGACCAAGUUUUGACCUCGUAUCAAAAUCCCUCCGACAUCCUGGGAGAACUGCAAGCUUGCUACAUCUGUUUCCUAGUAGGACACAGCCUGGAAGCAUUCGAACAUUGGAAAAAGUUGGUCAAUUUAUUCUGUUCCUGUGAAAUCGCCAUCAAGAAGCAUCGAAGGCUGUAUGACAUGUUUCUAUCCAUCAUUGAAGUUCACGUAGCUGAAAUUCCGGAAGAGUUUUUAGCAGACAUAGUUGCAAAUGACAAUUUUGUCUAUAUGAAACUGAGAAGGUUGUUUGGAUCUAUACAGGCUUCUCAGGUUGAUGGCAUUUUGAAAACCAAAGCAGACAGACUGAGAAAAAGUUUGACAGAAAAGUAUUUGUGGGACUUUGAACAUUUGAAUUCAGAAGAGGAGGAUGAAGCGCCUGUUGUGGUUGAAACAUGAAGCAUCGAACAAUGUGGUAUGCAAGAAGAAUAACAUCAUAUCUGAUUUAUCGCUGAAUCUUAACCUCUGUAAUGGAAGAAAAUUUGGGAUUUUUUGUCAUAGAAGUGAACCUGAAUGCUGUUACAUUUUAAUUCAAAAUGUUUCUUUUGGUAACAUUCAAUGGGAUACUGUUGAUAUACAAAUUAUAUAACAACCUAUAAAAUAUAAAGAGAAGCAUUA